ACAAAUCGUCUUUUUGAUAGAAUACAUGUAUUGUUGUAACGCGGAAACCAAAGAAGAGAUCUCAUAAUUUAGCGUCACCAAUUAGCGCUUAUUACGUUGCGACUAAAUCAUGGUAGAUGUUCUGGGUUUAGCGGCCGUUAUCGUUUUUUAUCUGCUCAUCCUGGGAGUGGGCAUAUGGGCGGGCCGGAAGAAUAAAUCGCCCAGCGGACAAACGUCCAGUAACAGUGAGGAUGUUAUGUUAGCCGGGCGGAGUAUCGGCAUGUUCGUCGGCGUAUUCACCAUGAUCGCCACCUGGGUGGGCGGCGGUCUUAUUAACGGGACAGCGGAGAUUGUAUUUCGUGGCGGUGAAGGCGGUGGGCUGGUGUGGUGUCAAGGACCGUUCGGAUACGCCAUUUCACUCUUAAUCGCCGGGAAGUUCUUCAUUAAGCCGAUGCGAGCCGAGGGCUACGUGACCAUGCUGGAUCCCUUCCAGCUGAAAUUCGGUCGACGGAUGGGCGCGCUGCUGUUCCUUCCGGCGUUGUUGGGUGAUAUUUUCUGGUCAGCGGCUAUUCUUUCCGCUUUAGGCUCAACAUUAACGGUUAUUGUCGGCCUGAACGAUAUCCUGUCUAUCGUGCUGUCGGCCUGCAUCGCCAUCGUAUACACCAUGUUCGGCGGUCUGUACAGUGUGGCCUACACCGACGUCAUCCAGCUCAUCUGUAUCUUUGUUGGUCUGUGGAUCUGUGUGCCCUUUGCGUUGACCCAUGAAAAGGUCAUCCCCAUCAGCUCCAGCAAGGCGCAGUGGCUGGGGACGCUGACCGGCCGGUAUGCCGGCGUGUAUAUCGACACGUACAUGGUGCUGCUGUUGGGCGGUAUUCCUUGGCAGGAAUUUUUCCAGCGGGUGUUGGCAGCCAAAACCACACGCAACGCCCAGAUGCUGAGCUACGUGGGCACGGUGGGGUGUGCCGUGAUGGCCAUACCGUCCAUUCUCAUUGGCGCAGUGGCCCGUUCCGCCGACUGGACCAAUACGACGAUCGGCCACAGCCCCGGCACCAACGGCUCCGACCACGAAUUCCGCAUGGUCCUCCCCUUAGUUCUGCAGAACUUCACGCCCACCGCCGUGGCCUUCAUCGGGCUGGGCGCCGUCUCGGCCGCCGUGAUGUCGUCGGCCGAUUCGGCCAUUCUAGCGGCCGGUACGCUGUUUGCGCGCAAUAUCUACAAAUUCCUAAUCAGAGAAAAGGCUACUGAACGGGAAAUCCUCAUCGUCAUGAAGUUGACCGUGGUGGCGGUGGGCGCGAUGGCCACCGGUCUGGCCAUCUGUAUCCGCUCGGUGUACGGGCUGUGGUUCCUCUGCUCGGAUCUGGUCUAUGUCAUCCUCUUCCCGCAGUUGGUGCUGGUGUUGUACUACCGGAAUGCCAACACGUACGGAUCGCUGGCUGGUUAUGUCAUCGGCAUGCUGCUGCGGCUGCUGGGCGGUGAACCAAUCAUCGGUCUACCUCCCAUAAUUCCCUAUUUCAACCUCCUGGACAACGACGACACACAGCUCUUCCCGUUCCGCACCUUCGCGAUGCUGGUCAGCCUCGCGACCAUCGUCGCGACGAGCGAACUGACCCGCCACCUUUUUAUCACCAAAGAACUACUGGACUUGAGAUGGGACGUGUUUCACUGUUUCCAUAAAGACGACGACCCGCCCGUCAAGGUGGCCACCAUCCACUUCCGGAAACCGGAAGUCCCGUUGCCCGUCAACGGGGAGUCCAUGUUUACUAAAAAACGCCGACGCCCAUCGCUGUCGAAACGCGGCAGUGAUGCCGGGGAGAAUUUCAGUGAGAAGGGCGUGGCGGGAGUGUAUAAUGCAGCUUUUGACGUAUCAGAAACGACUUUGUAAUUUUAAUCCUUCCAACACCGGGGAACGCAAUGGCUGUACAGCAUUUGUUGCACAGCCACUUUUUCAGUUUUUUCUCUACGAAUUUACAAAUGUCUCCGGUUCAGAAAUUACAUUUUCUCCAAGUUUCUCUCUAAUCUUUACAAAUGCGUAUUUUCAUAAUAUUUCUAACGACCUUGAAUUGUGUAAAUAAAA